CGAACAGUGAGGGACGACCCGCCACCGGCUAUCGCCGCCAAGUUACCGCAGCUGACCUAAUGCAGUGCACGUAUUUGCCGGACGCGUUCAUCACCUCGUCGAGACGCAGAGUCGCUCUCUUCCACUUUGUCACGAUGCUUCCGCUUUCGCUAUUGAAUGCCGCGCAGAACAAGCCUAUGUUAGUCGAAUUGAAAAACGGCGAAACUUUCAACGGGCAUCUUGUCAAUUGCGAUAACUUUAUGAACAUUACGCUCAAGGAGGUAUACCAAACGAAUCCCGAUGGAGAUCGGUUCUGGAAGUUGAAAGAGUGUUAUAUUCGGGGAAGUACUAUAAAAUACAUUCGCAUACCGGAGAACCUGUUGGACGUUGUGAAGGAUGAGCAGAACAGAGCGAGAGAGGCAGGCAGGAGCAAUUCAAGGGGAGGGCACAUUGGUGGCAGAGGUGGACGUGGAGCACCUGUCAGAGGUCGUGGUCGUGGAGCACCUAUGCGUGGAGGGAGAGGACGAGGGCGGGGAAUGUAGUGGGCGUGUCGCUUUAUUUCUGUGUUUCGGGUGAGCAUGUAUCAUUGUAUAUGUUUUUUUUGCAAGCUAGCUGGGCUCUGGUGCUCAUUACAUCAGCUCUCAUACACAACAUCACAUUUUUGUCGCUGCUAAAGCAUGUUUACCAUUUGCUAAUGAAUUGCUUGCAACACGCCGUUUAAACGAGGCC